CAAAAAAGAAAUAGAAAAAGACAAGAGAAAAAACCUGGGCCUUCUUCUUAGUUUUUGUUCUUGCAAUUUCAUUGCAAUUUCGUAGUCAAAUUGUGUUUAUUUCUACUCCCCACAUUUUCUCUCUCUUCAUAUCUUUUGGUCUGGAAAUGGGUUCAGGCAGUAGUCAUCUGGGUUCUCCUCCACCACGCACAAAAGUCAACCGUACCAAACAAAGGCUUGCCUCCUUAAUUUGUGGUGCUUCUUCUAGUUCUCAGAGUGAAGAUUGUGCAGCUGGGUCUACAUUAAAUUCUGCAGAUUACUGUCAACAGAAUACUAACAAGUCUUCAAUCCCUGUAAAUGACUCCAUUUCGACUUCUAGUGUGGGGACUGGAUUUAGUAGCUAUUCCAGUCCUAGAUUUGGAUCUGUAGCCUCGUCAGAGAACAGUAUUGUAAGUAGUGAGUGUGCCUCUAUUCACGACGAUUCUCAUGUAGAAUCAUCUAGUAAGAGGAAGUCCUUUCCAGAAGGUGAUGAAGCUGUUCCUUCUUCUGGGAUUAGGCCUGAAAGUAAAUGUUGUCAGCAGAGACUGGUUGAUUCUAUUAAUCCAUCUUCUGCAGGGCAAUUACAUCAUAUAAAUCAUACUUCUAACAGACAUGUGACCAGAGAGAUUGAUGACUUAAUCGACUAUACUAGUUCAGAGGUUUCACGUCCUAGUGGUUUGCAGCAUGAGGAACUGGAACAACCUACAAUUCUUGAAGAAGUAGGUGAUGUUAUCGGAAGGGGAAGUUCCGAUUCUGGUCUAACUCCAGCUGUUUCUGACCCUAGCAUAGCUUCUCAGUCACGUGGAGAUGCAGCCAUUGAAGAGGUGGUUCCUUCAGGAUUAGAGCUCUUUGUGUCAGAUGGGCCCGAAGCUCAGCCGGAAGGAAGUUUACUUCAUGUUGAUGUAGUGAGUAUCUCCCCUAAUCUUUUGCCCAACAUCAACAAUGAAAUAAGCACCCAUGAAGCAAGAAGAAACAGUAGAAGAAUGUUUUGGGAUACAUUUUCAAGUCGCAAUUCCAGACGACAUGCUGAUUUCCCCGCCAUACUUCUCACAACUGAAGAUUCUGAUUUAGUGGGAUCUCAUCGCAGAUGGCUUCUUGAUAUCGGUGAUGACUUUUUUGAUGACGGGGUGGGUGCUGAACCUUGGCGCUUUGGCCGCAGAAGUCGCUUUUCACAUGAUCGUCGCCGAAACUCAAGAUCUGAGUUCUGGGAUAGACUGCGAGGUGCUACUACAGAGACUAGUCGUCGUACGUCCUGUCCGUUUGAUUUGCAUCCUGAUGGUUCCUGCACAUGUGAGGUUGAUGAAGAAGCUAGCGCACUUUCAAGCAUAUCUCGAAUUAUCCUGCUUGCAGAGGCUUUAUUUGAGGUUUUGGAUGAAAUUCAUCGGCAACCGGACUCAUUCUCACUGUCUAUGCUUUCAAUCCCUGCUCCUGAAUCAGUCGUGGACUCACUUCCUCUUAAAACAUAUGAAAAACCUAGUACAACCGAUCAUGGAGAGGAUGCAGAUCAGUGCCAUAUUUGUUUGGUGGAGUACGAGAAAGGUGAUCAAAUACGAGUUCUUCCUUGUCAGCAUGGGUAUCACAUGUCAUGUGUUGAUAAAUGGCUGAAAGAAAUUCAUGGGAUAUGUCCGCUUUGUCGUGGAGAUGUACGAGGAGGGGCCACGGAGGUCUCUGCAUCCAGCUCAGAUGCAGUUGUCACAUGAAAACUUGUAUAUAAAGACUGUUUGGUCUCCUUCAAAGUAGUUUAAACAUCUUUCCUAUACCGAGUUUUGGUCGUACCUAAAUCAAUGUUAGUCCGACAGUUGACAUUUUCAUGUAAAUAUGAAGUCAGAUUUGCAACAACAGUUGCAAAAUUCUGUACACAGAACUUUACUUCUUUUUUUCAUCAAAUAAUAUUGGCUCCAAAUGAAGCUCUGUAUGUAUUAUAAUCACUGCCGCGUCAAAAGCGAAGGCGAAGAUGGGUGUGUUCUGCUGUUCUUCACUUGGAUUCAGGUGUCCAAAGUCUUCAUCUUGUAUUGUAUAUAGUUCAUUUCUUCACUGUUUCUGCUCCAUAUUUUUGCCUAGUUCUUUCGAGUAAUAUAUGUAAAAUCUAAGGUUAUGUUAUA